CGACGGUCAGUUCCCGGAUGAAGGCUGAUCGUGAAUAUGGCGCAGAGAGCACGAGCAGCGCGCUCGUGAGGUUUCUGUGACUGAUAUACGCGCACUUAGCCAGCUUAAGCUAACUUUACACACAAGAAACUUCACCGACUCUAUGAAGUUUAUUUCUCCGCGGACACACUUCUCACUACAGGUCUGAUGCUUUGCUGCAGCCAUGUUCAGCAAGAAGAAGAAGUCACGCAUCCAGAUCUCGGCCCCCUCGAACUUUGAGCAUCGCGUUCACACUGAUUUUGAUGAGCAGGAGCAGAAGUUUGUGGGGCUUCCUCGCCAAUGGCAGAGCCUCAUUGAGGACACAGCCAAGAGGCCCAAACCUUUCAUCGAUGCCACUGUCAUCACUACUGUAGAGCCACGCAAGGCCAUUGUACGGGGUCGUAAGAUCGGUGAUGAUGGCUCUCUCACAUGGCUUCUGGAUGAGUUUGAGACCAUGUCGGUGAUCCGCUCAAACUCCCUCCGGAGAGGAAGCCCACCACUUCAACCCCGGCGAGACUCUGGAUCAUCAGGAGGGGGCCAUGAGAAUGGGGAACACCCUCAAUACAGACACCAUGAUCGAUACGGAGACAGCAAAGAGAGGGAGAAACCGCAUCAGGAGCAUCCAGGUUCUGAUCCCAGACAAUCUCAGCGCCCAUCCCGUUCAUCCAGAGAGGAUGGCCGACCUCACCAGCAGCCUCGUGGUCAGGAGCCCAGCAGACACAAAGAGCCUGACUGGACAGGAGGCACAGCCCCACAGCCCCAGCCCAGAGAACGAGACCGAGAGCCUCGUGAUUAUCAUGAUCAGGUGGUGAGGCGAGAGGGGGCCAAUGAUAAGAGGCCCAAAUCUAGCUACACUGGAAGGGACAGCAGCCCUCAGUCACCCCGUGAGAAGAGACCACUGUCUGGGCCAAAUAUCCGCACCCCUAACCUACCUGUUACAGAAGGAGUGAUAAAAAACGCACAGCAGACCGGACGACCUUUCAACACAUACCCUCGAGCAGAAAGUGACUCUGGGAGGAGCCCCAGCGGUCAGGAUUUAAAACCAGGAAAAUCUCAUGACCCUUCCCACCACAACGGCCCCUCUACUGGGGCAGUCCGGAGCGUAAACAGCGGCAGUAAAAGUACUACUCAAGGGCAGCACAGAGCAGAGCCCCAGCAUCACGCUUCCCACCCAGCCUUAGGCCCCGAGCCCCCCCACAGCCAGCAGUUGCCUCCUGCACCAAAACCUUCAGGCCAGGCUGCACCGCCUCAGCAGACACGCUCACCUCAGAGGGAGCCGCAGCGAGUCUCCCACGAGCAGUUCCGUGCUGCCCUGCAGAUGGUGGUUGACCCUGGAGACCCACGCACGUAUUUGGACCACUACAUCAAGAUCGGGGAAGGUUCCACCGGCAUCGUUUGUAUUGCUACUGUGAAGACCACAGGCAAGUUGGUGGCUGUGAAAAAGAUGGAUCUGCGAAAACAGCAGCGACGAGAAUUGCUGUUUAAUGAGGUGGUGAUCAUGCGGGACUAUCACCAUGAGAACGUGGUAGAGAUGUACAACAGUUACUUAGUAGGCGAUGAACUCUGGGUUGUUAUGGAGUUCCUUGAGGGUGGAGCUUUGACUGACAUAGUCACACACACCAGGAUGAAUGAGGAGCAGAUUGCCACCGUAUGUCUGUCGGUUCUGAAAGCUCUCUCUGUCCUUCACUCCCAGGGAGUCAUUCACAGAGACAUUAAGAGUGACUCUAUUCUUCUCACCCAUGAUGGCAGGGUGAAGCUGUCAGACUUUGGCUUUUGCGCCCAGGUCUCAAAAGAGGUGCAGCGCAGGAAGUCUCUUGUUGGAACUCCCUAUUGGAUGGCUCCUGAGCUCAUCUCAAGACUCCCAUACGGACCAGAGGUGGAUAUUUGGUCACUUGGCAUAAUGGUCAUUGAAAUGGUGGAUGGAGAGCCGCCAUAUUUCAACGAGCCACCGCUCAAGGCCAUGAAGAUGAUCCGGGACAAUUUGCCACCCAAGCUUAAAAACCUCCACAAGGUCUCGCCACUUCUAAAGGGUUUUUUGGACAGGAUGCUCGUACGAGAUCCUGCCCAGAGGGCCACAGCUCAAGAGCUGCUAAAGCAUCCCUUCCUGAGUAAAGCGGGCCCUCCCUCUUGCAUUGUUCCCCUCAUGAGACAAAACCGCAUGAGAUGAGAAGAGAAAUCGGUGCGGGAUCUUUUAGGCCCUCUGAGCUCAAAGCAAAGACCCAAAUGCAAAGAUGGAGUCCGUACUCUGCACAGUUUAAACAUCUGAAAUGAUUGUACAGGUCAAGACUUUUAGGAGGAAAGGCCAUUGAUGCUAUGGACAUUAAGAGGGUUUUUUUCCCCCCAAACAUUUUUACCACUGUUUUUAUUACACUAGAAUACAUCAAAUUUGGUGACACGAAAUAGACAUGAUUAGAUCCUUCACAGUGUUCUGCUAUAAGAGGUUUCCCUCUCUGGCUAAUUCAGAAACACAGGAACGUGUGUCCUCUGUGGUUUCACGUCUGACCUCUAAGAUUGUGCUUUUGAUUGAACUGAGUUAAGGAGGUUUAGACAUUUAUGAAAAUGAACCACUAGGAGAUUCUAAUCUGCCCUCAAUGUAAAGCAACAAUUUUAUGGAUUUGUUCCAAACCUCAAGCUUUUUUUCCCCUGCACUUCAUCUUUUGCACCAUGACCACACUACUCAUUAAUCCAUUUUUAACAGGGAAAACAACUACUGAAGAAAACCUUUUACUUAAAAAAUGAAACUCUAGGCUCCUGUUACAACACUAAGCAAUGGUAAACACUGGAGGCUUUACUUUUUGUUCAUUUUUUUCCAGACCGUUUUUAAUUUUGUUUUAAUGAAAGUAGAGCGUUAUAUUGGUUUUCAUAUUGCAUUUUGAGUGACAGUGUGAUUGUUUUAAACACUGUUCUGAGAUUAAGCUGCACUCGAAUAUGCAACUUCCUCCUUUGAUUCAUUGUUCCAUUUUUUUUUUCUUAUAUAAUAAAGGGGGAAGGGUUGGAUGUAGGGUGGUUUUUUUUUUUUUUUUUUUUUUGUUAGUUUUUUUUUUCACAAAACUUUCACCACGGCGCCACGCCACAUUAGCUGAAGAGGCCGAGUUGUUUUCAAUGUAGGGCAGCCUGUCCUUUCAUGUGCACCCAAAUCCUCCAGCUAAGAAGCUUACAUCUUUGAAGUAUCGUGGCCUUUCUCCGACGGAUUCAUUGUGGUUGAUUUUUGUCUGAGAGAUGUUGAACUAUACGAAUGUAUAGGUGAGCGUUACAUAUGCUCUACUUUGAGAGCUUAUUCAAAGGAGGUGGACCAUAUAGAUACAGAUCGAGAUUGAUCCCACACAUUUAAAUGUAGGCCAUAGUAGUCAUGUAAUUGGUCAUGUAAACUACAAUGUUUUGAUAUAAGAGCAACAUGACAUUCAAGGAAUAAGAGAGGAGUAGUGGAACAACCAAAGACUGUUUGAAAUACUGAAGGUUAAUAAUACUAAUUAGUCCGAGUACACUACAUCACUUUAAAGGAGUGUUUACCCAGAUUGGAAAAUUCUGUUACCAUUUAUUAACCCUCAUUACCUGUGUAGCGUCCUUUCUUCUUAGUGUUGUUUUGGCCCUUUUUAAAAAGGGCAUCAUGUUGCACAGAAGUCAUAUAGGUCUGACACGGCACAAGGGUGAGUAAAUAUUGGCAGAAUUUUAUAUUUUGGGUUAACUGUCCUUUGUAAGACUUUAUCUUUCCUUGCUCAGUCACAAAGAUCCAGGACCAAAGUGGAUGGGGAAAACUGAAAAAUAUAUGAAAAAAAAGGCCAUUUAAAAAUUAAUCGGAUACGUGUAGUGACUCUAAAUGUGAAUACUAGCUGAUCAUUAAUGAGAGUUGAUACACGUUUGUGAGAAGAUCGAGGUCAUUUACAUUCGGUAAUUUACAAAACGUUUGAAGAUGAAUUGUAGAGAUUAAUGCUAGACUGAAACGGUAGCUUAUGUGUUUCUAAAAGUUGUUUUCUUUUGCUGAGAGCCUAAACAUAACUCUAAUUGUAGAUGUGAAGGUUUGAGAAAAUUAAUGACCAUUAUUGACAGACGUUAUUAAUAUAAAAAUACUACUAGAAUUUGUUUGUUUGUUUUUUCCACCAGUAAAAGUUUUUUUUGUUUGUUUUUUAUGCAUACUGGAAUUGUUACUUUUUCAGGAGGUGAAACAAAAAUAAUGACAAUCAGGCAUUGGAAGAAAGCAUGUACACACAUUUAAAUGUAUAUUCAGAGAUGAAUAAAUAAUGCAGUUGACAGGAUAAAGUUUAUAGGUAUUGUAUAGUUGUUUGACCUCCUCAGUGCACUGAAACAACAGAUGAGGUUAGCAUUCAUACAAACAGAAAAAAAACGCCUUUAUGCAUCUUUGAUGCAGAACUGAAACUGAACACACUCUCCACAGUAUGCCACUUGAUUUGUGACCAGCCACACAUUUAAAUUCAUCUGCUAAUGUUUAAUGAUUAUUGGCUGUUUAUAAAGAGGAUACCACAAGCCUUAUUUGGGGUGAAUGGAUGAGAGAAAAUUGCCUAAUGCAUCACUUUCUCAAAAGACUGGUCCGCUGAACGUGUUGAAUAGCUUUCAGAAACUGCUUCUCUAUUUUCUGAAUUGCAUUCCCAGGGCCGAUCAGAGCAUGAUCUUUCAUGUGGUAAGAUAAUGAUCUGCUUUUCUGUGUUCUGUUUCCAAUUUUGUUCCUCAUGUGGUGCUCACAAACAGUACUGCAAAUGCUCUCUGGAAGGGUACAUUGUAUUAUAAUAUGGCUUUCACUUUUCUCAUUUAGUCUGUGUUUCAGAUUGUCACUGCAUUAAAUCCUAAUGGAUUGCCCACAUUCUGCUGUUGACAUAUUUUAAGCCUAAUAGGUUUCUGAUUAAUCUUGCACUGUAUUUUUCAAAAAAUGUUCUUUUCUUCAUCAUGUAGAUAGUUUUAAAGAAACUUGAUCUUUGUGCAUGAUCUUGAUGUUCCCUCAUAUCUGACAGACCCGUUUAGACUGACAGACUAAUCAUCUUUUAUAUAUAUAUAUAUCUCAUCUUCAACAUCUUUUUAUUUCUAAGUAUUGUCAUUUUUGAUGCACAGCCGUUGGAGUUCCCUCUAAAAUAUGUGAAUUUUUACUGGUGGUAAAAUGGACUUUAAACUGAUUUUUUUUUUUUUUCCAAAUACAGUUUUUAAAA